AUGGGAAAAGUCAAACGCCAGGCCAGGAAGCAUUCAAAUCAUCAUGACAAUCCGGCAAAUGGUAGAGGUGUGGUGGUGCGACGGCAGUUUAGUCAAAAGCAAGCGGCUCCAGCUAAGAGUUCACCUUCGGUGAAAAGCAAAGGUCCUCCCGCACGACCAAAAAUUCCAUUUACAAAAUAUGACAGUAUUCUCCUCUUAGGCGAAGGAGAUUUCUCAUUUACUCUAGCCCUCAAGCUUCAUCAUAAGUUUCACCAUAUUACGUCGACCUGCUUCGACUCGAAGGAAGCCCUUCACAGAAAGUAUCCGGAUGUCGCAAAGACGAUUUCACAAAUCGCGCCCGACAAUUCGCAAAUUGAUGGCGAUACGCACGAUCCACCAAACACCGAGCCUGAGUGGAAAGGCUUCUCGCCAUCUCCACCAUCAUCGGCAGCGACAGCAAAGAAGAUCCAUAUGUUAUACGGAAUCGAUGCGACCAAACUUUUGUCGACACACAGGAAAGUCUUGCGACUGUCCGGUCCUUUCAGCAAGAUCGUAUUCAAUUUCCCACAUGUCGGCGGGCUGAGCACAGAUGUGAAUCGGCAGGUACGCCAUAAUCAGGAGCUCCUGGUUGGAUUUUUCAAAGCGGCGAAAGAUUUGCUGUCGUCUCCAAGCAAGCCUGCACGGGUCACUUCACAAUCUGAUGCCUACGAAAGUGACGAUGAAUAUGCGUCAGACAAUGUCAAUCAGCCAUCGCAUUCGGAUCCGGGUGCAGUGAAUGGGCAGAUCCUCGUCACAAUAUUCGAGGGAGAGCCUUACACGUUGUGGAAUGUCAGGGAUUUGGCCAGGCACAGUGGCUUGAAAGUGAUCGAGAGUUUCAAGUUUCCAUGGUCUGCUUAUCCAGGCUACCAGCAUGCGAGGACCAUUGGCGACAUUACUACUGGCAAAGAUCGAAGUGAAGACGACAAGCGGAAGGGGGCGUGGCGUGGUGAGGAAAGGGAGGCUAGGUGUUAUGUGUUGGAGAACAAGGAAGCAAUAACCAGUCCUGCGCAUAGAAGAGCGAGUAGGAGGAAGCGUAAGGAGGAAGAGGACAUCAGCGAUUGA